AUGGAUCAGGUCAAACUUCACCGACUACACAGACGCUUUUUCGCUCCUUAUCACUUUGCUCGUCAACAACACCUCGUUUCAGUGCGGGGAUAUGCGCGACGGGGACACAUUCCAUUCCACAAACCGACAGAGUUUGAAGAGUUGAACAAAUAUGAUCUUGCAGACGAAUCUGAAAUCAUUUCAGACUUGGAUCAAAUCGAAGACCAGCUCCUGCGGUCUAAAGCAGAUAAGACACGAGAAGAAAAGGAAGAACGAUUGCAGCUGAAAAAGAAGAUUCUGCAAAGGAAAUACUUCAAGAAGGCACCUGAACUGAAUCUCCUCUCAUGGAAUGCAAAAGAACAAAUUAGAUAUCUCCAUGCUGAAUACCCUUAUGACUGGACUGUGACUAGAUUAGCCAAGAGUUUUCCUGUAUCAGAGGAGGGAAUCAUAGCAAUUCUCAAAUCAAGUUAUGUGCCAAAACAACAGCAAGAAAUAACGAGACAUGACAAUCGUGUCCGUAAAAAUUGGCUUGCCGUGAGAUCUUACUUGAAGGAAAAUAACAAUGCAUUGGAAGACAUUGAAGGUGGACCAGUUGCAGAAUCAGUGAGGCAUCUAACAUCAUCAGAUAAACUUCCUUUGGUAAUAAAUGCUGGUGGCAUUAACAAUGUUCUUGUCCCAGAUAGGCUUACUUCACAGACUCACCAGAAGAAACUUGGACUUUUUGAGUCAAUAGUCAAAGAUUCUAAAGCUAUGAGACAACCAAAACAUCAACGUGCAAAACUUUUUUCUGAUGAUAAAUCCCUACUUGCAGAAAUUUCCAGCAUGGGUACAUUGAAGACUGAUAAUGUGACAGAUGCAACAAGGGAAGAGGAUGCAUCAGAAGCACAGAAUCCUUCCCGACGCCAGAAAAGAUUAGCACAGACCCUUGGUAUGGGGAACAUGGAGCUAAAAUCUCUCAGCUAUUCACAACUAGAACAAUUGAGUAUGUUUGAAACUGGGCCAAUUAACAGUGUCCGCCAGGCUGGACGCAAUUCUCGUUGGUCAGAAAUAGAAUCUGAAUGGAAUGCUGAUAAGCAACAUGAGAAAAACAUACAGACAGAAUUUCAAAAUUCAAAACUUAGAAAGGAUAAGAUGGAAAGGUUUCAUGAACAAUCAGAUUACCCUUCAGUGUUCAAGAACAAGAAUUCCCCAAGAGGGAGGGAAGAUGUAUAUGAAAAGGACAGUUGUGUUUUUGAUGAAGAUGGAGAGUUUCUGUAUAAAAAACCUUGACAUUCUUAUUUCAUCGUACUUGGGGCUGUUUGGACAAUAGUUUCUUAUAUGUGAAGGGCACAAAGAGCUGCAAAAUUGCUGAUGCUGCGUAAAGAAACUUUCACUUACAUGCAAGAGUUUCAAAAAGAAAGUGUAAGAGAGCUUUAGUUAAUAUUACUGAACUCACAGUAAGGCCAAUAUAGUAGAUAUAAUUGAUAUUUAUCUUGUAAUAAUUAUAAUCUCCCUCACACCUCCAUCUUUAAUUUUGGGCGGGACCCAAUUUGAUUUGACCCCAUAUAUGACUUGGUUCUGUCAGUUUGUUGAAUAGAUGUGUGCCACAAAUGACUAAAUGUAUCUAAGCAUCUCUUUGAAUUGAAGACGUUUAUGAACUAACACCCUGAAGGAAAUAUGUGGAUGAUCAUGUAAUAAAUGUUUUAUAAAAAUAUA